UCCCAAUUCACUUGUUAGAUUUUAAAUUGAAGUCAAAGUAAAUUGAGCAUCUGUAUAAUCUUGAAAUCAGAUAAUUUUGAUGUUAGCCGUAAGUUCACAUGUAGUGGUGCGACGUUACGCAGUAAGGAUGCUAACUUAUAAAGUUAUUAAAUUAUAAUUUGUUAUAUUUUACAUACAAAGGAAAUUUAAUGAAGGACAAUUAACAGUUCAUCAGUUACAUUGAUAUACAACAACAAUGUGUCAUAUACAAACAAUUUUGAUAUAUAUCCUGGUUGCAAUAACCGGUGUAUUUACUCAGAAUACCUUCUAUGGAGAAGUAAUUCAUCAAUGUCCACAACAUUGGAUAAAAUUUCAAGAAUCCUGUUAUCGUUUUAUAAAAAGUCCUAUUAGAGAAAGAGAAGAUGCAAGAAAAAAUUGUCAAGCUUAUCAGAGUGAUCUUGUUACAAUUAAUUCAUUAGAAGAACAUGGAUUUAUAUUAUAUCAAUUAUUAUGGCAAGAUCCACAGCACCGUAAAUGGUAUACUGGUAUAAAAUAUCAAAAUGGUAACUGGAUGAAUGAAGCUGAUAAUACUCAGUUAAUAAACAUGGAAAAUGCAAUUUUACCAGAACCAAGUGACAAUUCAUAUAGUAGAGAUUAUCUAGUAUAUUCUUAUCAUAAUAAUCUACAGCGUUGGGGAUUAGAAGGUGUAUCUGGUAGAGAGAAAUUAUUAUAUAUUUGUGAAGCCCCAAUUUCAAAUUUGCAUAAUUUGGUAGAUGAUGAUCGUACUUACCAUUAUGGUGUUGAAAUUGACAAUCCUAAUGAAAUACCUAGAGGCCCAUAUUUUAUUAAACAACCUGUAGAUAAAGUAUUUGAUGUAUCAAAAAGAAAAAUAAGCAAUGAUGUUUCAUUGAGUUGCUUGGCAGGUGGUUAUCCUGCACCUACAUAUGAGUGGUUUAAAGAAGAUUAUGAAAAUGAUAGAUUAAUUGCAACAAAAAUAGAUCCACUAACUAAUACAAGAUAUACUGUCAGUGGUGGUACUUUAAUUAUUUAUGAACCUGAGCAGACCGAGGAUAGAGGCUCGUAUCAUUGUAAAGCAACCAAUAAAUUCGGUACAAUUAUAUCUGAAAGUGUAGAACUAUCAUUUGGAUAUAUUUUGGAAUUUAAUUUAAAACGCUCGGAGGAGCGUGGAGACGAGAAAUGGGGAAAGGCUGUGUAUUGUGAUCCACCUCAACAUUUUCCUGGAGUAAAAUAUUAUUGGGCACGUGACUAUUUCCCCAAUUUUGUCGAAGAAGAUAAACGCGUUUUUGUUUCCCAUGACGGGGCUCUUUAUUUCUCUGCAUUGGAAAUGAUUGAUCGCGGAAAUUAUUCUUGUAACGUUCAAAGUGUUGCCUCGGAUACUGGUCGUAAUGGGCCAUUCUUCCCUUUGAGAGUUGAUCCGCAUUCUUCUUUCCAGCAAUUAAAGUUUCCUAAUAAUUUUCCAAAAGCAUUUCCUGAAGCACCAAUUGCAGGGGAAGAAGUUAGACUAGAAUGUGUUGCAUUUGGAUAUCCUGUUCCCUCAUAUAAUUGGACAAGAAGAGGUGGAUCAUUACCGCGUGGAGCAUAUACAACUAGUUAUAAUCGAGUAUUAAUUAUACCGAAAGUACAUGUUGAUGAUCAAGGAGAGUACAUGUGUAGAGUUCAUAAUGAUAGAUUGUCAAUUGAAAACUUUGUAACAUUAACCAUUCAAGCAGCUCCAAAUUUUACUAUUCCACUAGUAGAUAAACAUAUGGAUAACAGAGGAGAAUUAACUUGGACUUGUGAAGCAUUUGGAAUACCAGAUGUUACUUAUAAUUGGUUUAGAAAUGGUGAACUCUUAAAUAUAGAUACGCUUCCUUUUGAAGAUAGAGAUCGAUAUUUUAUACAAGACAAUGUUUUAACCAUCAAAAAUUUGGAUCCGGAACGAGACCAAGCGUUGUAUCAAUGCCGUGCAAAAAAUCAGUUAAAGACAAAGUAUUCAUCCGCACAAUUAAGAGUUCUAUCAUUAAAACCGUCGUUUAAAAAACGACCUAUGGAACCUGAAACUUAUGCAGCUGAAAAAGGUAAUGUUACUAUCUUUUGCAAUCCUGAAGCUGCACCCAGGCCAAAAUUCGUUUGGAAAAAGGACGGAAAUAUUAUUGGUUCUGGUGGUAGACGUAAAAUUUUAGAAACUGGCAGCCUUAUAAUUAGUCCUGUUUCAAGCGACGAUGAAGGCACUUAUGUGUGCAGUGCAACGAAUCAGUAUGGAAGUGAUGAAACUCGAGGACGAUUAAUAGUAUUACGUGGUCCGCAUUUUCUUGAAAAAUUACCUCAACGUAUAACUACAGCCGUAAUGCAAAAUCGAACUUUACGUUGUAUGGGAGAAGUGGAUGAAAUGUUAGAUGUAGCUUAUAUUUGGAAACAUAAUGGUUUACGAAUCAGGGAUGAAGAUUUAGCGAAUAAUCCAAGAUUGCGUAUCGAUGGCGAGGAACUUAGGAUAAUAAACGCCACAUUUGCAGAAGGAGGAGAAUAUGAAUGCAUAAUUAAAAGUGCUGUAGGAGAAAUUUCUAGCAAAACGAUGGUGACGGUAGAAGGUCCACCUGGACCACCGGGUGGUGUUCAAGUUGUAAAUAUUGUAAAAACAUCUACAACAUUACGUUGGACUGAUGGUGCUUUGAAUGGUAGAUCCAUUACUAAGUAUACUGUAACUGCAAGAACUAACUGGAAUCACACAUGGUUCAAUUUGAUAGAAAAUAUCACUGCCAUUGAAGUAGAUAGAUAUAAUGGUAGAAAAGAGGCUUAUUUAGAAAAUGUUUUAAGUCCUUAUACCACUUAUGAAUUUUGCGUGUCGGCUUUUAAUGAAUUGGGAUAUAGUGUCCCAUCAUCACCUUCUCCACAGUACAGUACACCGCCGGAUAAACCAUAUAAAAUCCCAUCUAACAUAGGUGGUGGAGGUGGAAAAAUUGGAGAUCUUACGAUAACAUGGGAUCCUUUACCGUCUUCUGAUCAAAAUGGUGCAGGAAUUUAUUAUAAAGUAUUUUGGCGUCGAAAGAAUCAUGAGACGGAGUUUCAGUCUUUGUCCUUAAAAGGACAUGGUAAUAUUGGAAGAAGUGUUGUAUCGAUACAAUCGCAAUUCUAUUAUACAGAAUAUGAAGUGAAAGUUCAAGCAGCAAAUUCGUUAGGUUUUGGGCCAAUUUCUAAUGAAGUUACAAUAUUCAGUGCAGAAGAUAUGCCGCAAGUAGCUCCACAGCAAGUGGUUGCACAUAGUUAUAACAGUACUAGUUUGAAAGUUAGUUGGGCACCAAUUGAACAAACUCGUGAAAAGAUACGAGGAAAGUUAAUUGGUCACAGAAUAAAAUAUUGGAAAGAAAGUAAUAGAGAAGAAGAUGCGGUAUACUAUCUAUCUAGAAGCACACAACCUUUGGCCCUUGUAGUUGGUUUGCAACCUGAUACUUAUUAUUAUGUUAAAGUAAUGGCGUACAAUUCCGCUGGGGAAGGUCCAGAAAGUGAACGAUAUUUAGAAAGAACUUAUCGUAAAGCACCACAGAAACCACCAUCUUCUGUUAAUGUGCAUGGUGUAAAUCCAUCAACAGUUAGAGUUGUGUGGCGUUACGUGCAACCAAGUUUGGAUGAAGAACCAUUAAUAGGUUACAAGAUACGUGUGUGGGAAUUAGAUCAAGAUAUGAGCACUGCAAAUGAUACUAUUAUACCAGGUGGUUCAAAAUUAGAAGCAGAUAUUACUAAUCUUAGUCCUGGUAAGGCGUAUCAUUUACGAGUACUUGCAUUUAGCAACGGUGGAGACGGACGUAUGUCAAGUCCAACUCAUACGUUUCAAAUGGGUGAUGUAUCUAGUUUUAGAAGUAGUGCGAGUAAUAAGAUUUUAGAUGCUGCUCUAGGAAUAUCAUUGUUAUUACUAUUACGAAUUUAUAACUGUGUGUAAUAUGAGCAUAUUUUUAUACGAAAUGGAUAUAUUGAAUAUCUACUAACCAUUUUUUUAAAUCGCAAUCAAAAAAUGCAAUAUAUUGAGUAUUUUUAUGUAGAUAAAAACAGAUAUUAAUAUCUUAAUAAUUUUCUGAUAUUAUUGAGUUAAUGGCAUCUGAUAUUGAUGUUUUAUCGAAGAUCUGAAUAUUAUUAAAUGAUACUAACUCAUGUGUUAUAAUGAGAGAAAACAAAAUUAAAAUUCAUAAUUUGAGAAAAGUUUAUGAUUUGUAAUUUUAUCAUUAUAAAAUUCAUUUAUUUAAUAUCAUGUCAUGUUUCAAAAAAGUGGCUGGUUAUUAUAAAAUGAUAAAGUAUUGUUAUACAGUAUGAGUAAUUUUGUACUUCAAAGUAUUACUUUAAUUAAGCUAACUUUAAAGCGUUAGUUAGCUUGAAAACAUUAGUUAGAUUAACAUUAAGCAGUUCAAGUGCUAGUGUGAGUCACAGAAAUACAGAUAUAGAAGUGUUAUUACGGGGCCCAAGAUCAAUAUUAAUAACACUUGCUGGCAGUCUUCUGAUAAAAAAAAAACGAAAAACAACAUUCUUCAGCAUUUUUUGAAUAAAAAUCGUGAGUGCGAUUAUGCAGCUUAGAGUAUAAACAAUUAAAUAUAGUAUAUACUUUUAAUUAUUUUUGCAACUGUUUUUAUACUUAGUUUUAAGAAUUUAUAAACAAGGGAUUUUUUUACUUUAAUUGACAAAGUUUCUAUCCAUCCGUCCAUGAAUAUCCAGAUGAUAGACUGUAAAUAAUAUUUAUCACCUUAAUCUUUUUUAACAAAUUCUAAACAACUUUAAUGUUGCUCUGUUUGUAUAAAUAAUAAUAAAAUAUUUCAUAAAAAGAAAUCUCAUUAAAAAAUUUAUAAAUAUUACACCAAUAAUUUAAUACCUAAAGAUCUUCAGUUAUGCAUGAAAUUUUUUAUUGAGUUUUUUUUUAUAUAUACAAAUUUAAAU